AGUGGCAACAUUGAUCACAUGUGGACAUUUCAGUUCCAGUAUCUCUCACCUCCAUCCGUGAUAAAUUUGUGAUAUGUCGUUGUAUGUCGUAGUCGUAUGUUACCAUACCGUCACCAUUUAUUUAGUGUAAUGUAACAACUACGAUUAAUUACGAUGGUCAGCCAUUGACCGCAAAUUACCGAGAAUAUAUUUGGCUUUCGAGCAGCAGCUGAAAAAAUGGCAGAAGACAGGGAAGUACUGCGUGAGAUUUGGGAUGGAAAGCUACCUGUUUGCUUCAGACUUGCUGAGGAAGAGGUACACACUGUACAAGAACCGGAACCGUACUAUUUGAUGCUUCCUCGCCUCAGCUAUUUCCCGCUUGUGGUAGACAAGGUUCACAAACACUUCUCAAGAUUUGUAGAUGAGAGGUAUCACGACAAUGAGAUGUGGUUGGAUUUCAACGGACAGCCUCUGAGAUGGCACUUACCAAUCGGAGUCUUGUACGACUUGUUGGCAAGUGACUCGGUGCUGCCUUGGAGUGUAACAGUACACUUUCAGAACUUUCCAGAAUCCGAAAUCCUUCACUGUACUAGUCGAACGGUAGUGGAAGCGCACUUCAUGUCGUCCAUCAAAGAGGCAGACAUGUUAAAACACCGCAGCCAGGUCAUGGGCACAAUGCAGAAGAAAGAUCAUAAUCAGCUCUGGAUGGGACUACAGAACGGAAAGUUCGACCAGUUUUGGGCCACAAAUAAGAAGCUGAUGGAGCGUAUCAAUGGGGAGUGCUUCAAACACGUCCCAUUCCGGGUCUACAUGUCGGAUGAUUCACUGGUCCAGAGACUGGUGUCGCCUAUCACAGGCACUGGAGAGAAAGCAACCUUAGAAAGCCUGCUUCAGCAAGUAGUUCCAGAGGUGCUUGGCGAAGGUGGAAUAAAAUACUCCGUCAUUACGCAUGGCAUACAGGUUCCCUUGGACACCCCCUUGCAGUGGAUGAGUGAGCAUUUGAGCUACCCGGACAAUUUUCUCCACUUGUGUGUCAUACAGAACUCGUGAGGCCUGUACUGGGCUUCUCCAGUGCAGUCUGCUUGUUUUUGCCAAGACCUUUUUAUCGUGUAAAUAUGUGGAAUGGAAUUCCAUGUACCAUGCACACAACACUGAAUUCCAUGAGGUAUACUGUGCAAGGGCUUUCUUAAUAUUAAAUUAUCUGGUGUUGUUAAAACAGA